AUGGCUAUUCUCAUUCCCAGCAUUUCUAACGGUACUGUCGAGGAGGUCUCAAGCGUGUCUCCUCAUGUGACAAAGGUCGCGGGAGCUAAGCCCAAAUCAUAUCACAAUUUGAAUUUCGAUAUCAUCGACAUACGCCAUGAUGGUGCCGAAAUCGAGUUGAAGGAUGAGAUAUUGGCAUCUUUGAGACCAAAAAGUGGUCUCAAGAGUCUGCCUACCCUGCUCUUGUAUGACGAGCGGGGUCUACAAAUAUAUGAAGAAAUCACUUAUUUGUCUGAAUACUAUCUUACAAACGCAGAGAUAGAUGUCCUUGAACGUUCCGCGGAAAGUAUCGCUGCAAAUAUACCUUCUAACUCUAUGGUUGUUGAGCUGGGAAGCGGUAAUUUGCGCAAGGUGAGUAUAUUAUUACGAGCUUUAGAUGCGGCGGGAAAAUGUGUCGACUACUACGCGCUUGAUCUUUCAUUGAAAGAGUUAGAGAGAACUCUAGAACAGGUCCCGGAUUUCAGAUACGUGAAGUGUCAUGGGCUUCAUGGUACUUAUGACGAUGGUCUUGCAUGGUUGAAACUUCCUGAAAACUCUUCCAGGCCAAAGUGCGUGGUAUCGAUGGGAUCGAGCAUUGGUAACUUUCAAAGACACGAUGCAUCGGCGUUUUUGAAGAGCUUUGCGGAAGUUUUAAGCCCCUCGGACAUGUUUCUCAUUGCCAUCGAUGCAACUAGUAACCCAGAAAAAUAUAUCAUGCUUAUAAUGGUGUGUCUACUCAGAUCCAACACUUUUCCUGCGGCUAAUCUUGAUAAAAAAGACAAGAAAGGGAUCACCCACAAGUUUAUCUUGAAUGGUUUGAUUCAGGCGAACAAAAUACUCGGAGAGAAUGUAUUUGAUAUUGCAGACUGGACUGUCGUCGGAGAAUAUGUAUAUGACACACAAGGAGGUCGUCACCAGGCCUUUUAUUCUCCAACUCGAGAUAUUGUCAUCAAAGACGUUCUUGUAAAAGCAGGUGAACGUGUGAAAAUAGAGGUCAGUUUGAAAUACUCACAGGAAGAAACAUCCAAGCUAGUGAAAGAUGCUGGGAUGAUGGAAGCUCAGAAAUGGUCAGCUUCUAAGGAUGAAUAUAAUAUGCACCUCUUAGUGAAGAGCACAAUGACAUUCGACUCGAAUCCAGAUAUAUAUGCUUCGUCUACCGCCCCAACUUUCGAGGAUUGGAAAGGUCUGUGGUCAGUAUGGGAUACUGUCACCAGAAAAAUGAUUCCAAAUGAAGAGUUGGUCGAGAAGCCAAUUAAACUUCGAAAUGCUUGCAUUUUCUACCUGGGACAUAUUCCGACAUUCUUGGACAUGCAACUAAAUAAGGUUACUACAGAGCCGCUUUGUGAGCCUUCUUCAUAUCCCGCAAUUUUUGAAAGAGGAAUUGAUCCGGAUGUUGACAAUCCCGAGCAAUGUCACUCUCACUCCGAAAUUCCCGAUGAGUGGCCACCACUUGAGGAGAUUCUAUCAUAUCAAGAAAAGGUGAGAUCAAAAAUCAAGAAGAUAUAUGCAAGCCAAGCACUUCCCAGAAAUCUUGGUCGUGCACUUUGGUUGGGGUUUGAGCACGAAGCUAUGCAUUUGGAAACUCUCUUGUACAUGUUAUUGCAAAGUGAUAAGACUAUCCCACCCACUAGCGCUAGGCCAGACUUUAAAGGAGAAGCAGUAAAAGCCAAGGCAUUGCGAGUGCCAAACGAAUGGUUUACCAUUCCAGAGCAGAAAAUCGUAGUCGGGUUGGAUGACCCCGAGGAUAAUUCUGGACCGGAUAAUCAUUUUGGGUGGGAUAAUGAGAAACCUUCCCGAGAAGUUGUGGUUCAAUCAUUUGAAGCCAAAGGACGACCAAUUACCAAUGAAGAGUACGCUCUUUAUCUGGAACAAACACAUGAAAGCAAGAUCCCUGCUUCGUGGAUUAAAAAUCAGCAUUUGAACGGUUACACCAACGGUGCUUCAAAUGGAUACAGUAAUGGAAGUACAAAUGGGUCAACUUUGCCCCGUUUGAGUAAGGCAUAUCUUGAAGACAAGGCUGUUCGAACAGUCUAUGGUCCAGUGCCACUUGAGUAUGCUCUAGAUUGGCCUGUAUUCGCUUCAUACGAUGAGCUUUCUAGAUGUGCAAGUUGGAUGGGGGGGCGAAUCCCAACGGUUGAAGAAGCUCGAAGUAUAUACAGUCACGUCGACGGUUUGAACGUCAAGAAAGCAGAGAGACAUCUUGGAAAGACUGUGCCAGCUGUUAAUGGGCAUCUAAUAAACGAGGGCGUUGAAGAGACACCACCAUCACCAGCGCCUCAAACCGGUGGAAACUCUCAAGAGCUUUUCACCGACCUUGAAGGUGCCAAUGUAGGAUUCAAGAACUGGCAUCCAAUCUCCGUUACUGCUGGAGGUAAUAAACUUGCAGGGCAGGCUGGCAUGGGUGGUGUUUGGGAAUGGACCAGCUCAACACUCGUUCAGCAUGAAGGAUUUGAGCCGAUGCCUUUAUAUCCGGCAUAUACUGCCGACUUCUUUGACGGAAAACACAACAUCAUCCUUGGAGGAUCGUGGGCAACUCAUCCUCGCAUUGCUGGAAGGAAGACAUUUGUCAAUUGGUACCAGCGUAAUUAUCCAUACACAUGGGCAGGUGCACGAGUAGUCCGCGAUUUCUAG